GCGCAAAAUAAAGAAGAAAUUUUGUGAAGAAAUAUCAGAACGCGGCGGAUGCGCAAGCGUAUAAGACGAAAGUGCGCAAGUAACGAAACGGUUAUAAAAACCCUUUGUUCUUUAAAUAAAAUUUUAUUAAGAUAUUUUAAAGAAAGUGUUGUGUAUAUAAAAUAUAUAUAAAAGUAUAAUAACCUUAAGCUGCAGUUCAUUCAAAACGUACGUCAGCUAAAAAUAUUAAAUAUACUUUUUAAGUUCAUCGAUUGGAGUUUCCUGAGCACCAAGCAUGCUAACUUCACUAGUCCUUCUGGCUGUUAUCAGCUGUUUACAAUAUCCUACCAUUGUAUUAGGUCAUGGACGUUUGAUGGAUCCACCUGCACGUAAUGCUAUGUGGCGUUUUGGGUAUCCAAAUCCAGUGAAUUACAAUGACAAUGAACUAUUUUGUGGAGGCUAUGCCGUGCAAUGGGAGCAGAAUAAGGGCAGAUGUGGCAUAUGUGGAGAUGCAUUCCAUGUCAAAACACCGAGACCACAUGAAGCAGGUGGAGAAUAUGCGCAGGGAAUAAUUUCAAGAUAUUAUACAGCUGGUCAAGAAAUCGAUGUGGAAGUGGAACUUACCGCAAAUCAUUAUGGCCGGUUCGAAAUGUUCUUAUGUCCGAAUAAUAAUCCUCGUCAAGAAGCCACACAAGAAUGUUUUGAUCGCUAUCCGCUUUACAUAUCUGGCAGUAGUCGAGAACAUCGAUUCCUUAUACCACGAGAUGCUAAAAAGAAAGACAUUUUCCGUUACCAAGUACGUCUACCGGCUUACGUCACAUGUACACAGUGUGUGCUUCAAUGGACCUACUAUACGGCUAAUAUGUGGGGUACUUGUGAGAACGGCACUGAAGCCGUAGGAUGCGGCAAAGCAGAAACCUUCCGCAAUUGUGCUGAUAUAGCAAUUAUUUCCAAUACAGGCGGUGGUGUACCGCCAAUAUUUGUUAACAAUAAAUCUCCAUACCUACUGUAUUACAGGGAUUAUCGCGCACCUGAGGAGAACAAUAUAUUCCCCUUGAUUGUACGUGACCAGAAAUGUAUUGCCGCACCAGCGUUUCGUUCCCUACCCGGCAUGGAUAACUGGUGUGAAACAAAUUGUCUACGCUAUCCACCCAAUUGUCCAGAAUCCGCCUGUUAUUGCCCACAAGAAUGUGUGGCUAUUGGAGAGAUUGAAGGGCGUGAAGGUGCGGAUACUUACUGCAUGGAUGAAUGUCUUAACUACGGAUCUGAAUGUCCUGUGGAUAGAUGUCGCUGUUUCUAGGACUAUGAAAUCACUGUGAUAUUCUGUAACUCAGGCAUGUAAAAUUUCUAAGAGUAAUUAAAAGCUGUGCUACGAACUCUGUGCCGUUUAAAUAUAUAUUGUAUAUGAAUUUAAUGUAAAUAAAAUACUGUGAAGUUUAAAAUGA